CGCUCCUCACGCGGGGAUGUGCCGUCUCGCGCUGUCGUCUCGAAAAGGUCUUGUUGCACGCGUGCAAUGCCACCAUUUUGACAUAUUAAAGGAAGAAUAAAAAAAAGGGUUUGUGAUUGUUUUGUGUGAUAGCUUGAAGUUUGAGAAGUGGACCUGCUCUCUCUGCCCUGUUGCAGGACAUGUCCUCACCUGCUAGCGGGACUUUUUAACUAACAGGACAGGACAGGAGCACUGCGUACCUGAAGUGAAACUGCAGGAUGAGACGAGGAGGAGAGGAGAACGACUCGGACAUCACGUUACCGUUCGUGCCAACGGCGUGAGGUACAGGUUUCCACCAUGGAGGAGAAGUUCAACAGACUCAUCUUCAUCCCCAUCGCGGCGGUGCUCUUCUUGAUGAUCGGCUACCAGUAUGUGUGCCCGACGGACAGCAACACCUGCUACUUCAGAAGUGACGAGAAGGGGCUUUUCCAGCGGUAUUCAUCGGGGUUUGAGUUAGUUUACACAGAGCCGGAGGCGGACGAGGACCUUCCUUCCAGAAUCACAUCCAGAUUUAACUUCACGGAGCGGGACCUGGACCGGCACGUCGACUUCAACAUCCGAGGAGACGACGUUAUGGUGUUCCUGCAUAUUCAGAAGACCGGCGGGACGACGUUUGGGCGGCACCUGGUCAAAAACAUCGAGCUGGAGCAGCCCUGCGACUGCAUGCCCGGCCAAAGGAAAUGCACCUGUCACCGGCCAGGUAAAGCCGAGUCGUGGCUCUUCUCCCGGUUCUCCACGGGCUGGAGUUGCGGGUUGCACGCGGACUGGACGGAGCUCACGAGCUGUGUGCCUGUCGUGAUGAACAAGAAGGACAAGAAGAGUGUCCAAAAAAGCAAAAGAAAUUUCUACUACAUCACCAUGCUACGUGACCCUGUGUCACGCUACCUCAGUGAGUGGAAGCACGUGCAGCGUGGGGCAACUUGGAAAACCGCCCUCCACAUGUGUGACGGCCGCCCGCCCACUCAGGAUGAGCUCCCUGCCUGCUACAGUGGUGAUGACUGGACAGGCGUGCCCCUGGCAGACUUCAUGAGCUGCCCUUCUAACUUAGCCAACAACCGGCAGGUUCGCAUGCUGGCUGACCUCAGCCUGGUGGGCUGCUACAACAUGUCCACCGUUAGUGAGCUGGAGCGAGGCCGCGUUCUGCUCGCCAGCGCCAAGGCCAACCUGCGCAACAUGGCUUUCUAUGGCCUGACGGAGUUCCAGCGCAAGACGCAGUACCUGUUCGAGCGGACGUUCGGCCUGCGCUUCAUCCGGGCUUUCACGCAGAUCAACAGCACACGCGCCGCCAGCGUGGGAAUCAGUGAGAAGGUGCGGUGGCGCAUUGAGGGGCUGAACGCCCUUGAUGUGGAGCUGUACGAGUACGCCAAGGAGCUGUUCCUGCGGCGCUACCAGUACAACCGUCAGAAGCAGCACCAGGAGGAGCGUAUGAGGAGGUGGCAGGAGAGGCAGCAGAGGCAACGGCUGCACAGGACCUAUCUGGCUGAGCUGUGGAGACUCGGAGGAGGAGGAGGAGGAGGAGGUGGUGGGGGGGAGGAAGAGGUGAAGGUGUUAGGGGAGGUAAGCACUACAGAGGACUACAGCAGCCAGGUGGUGCGGUGGUGAGGAGAGCACAGGAACUAACAACACCAAUGAACUGACUGAUCGCCGUUUGAUUCAUUGUGCUUUACUCUCCUCCAACUGUCUCCCUCUGCUGUGACUCUGCCAAAACCUCCUGCCCUCAUAGCCUCAUAGCGCUUUGUUGGACUGCCGAAUGGUGUCUUAAUAUUUAUGAUGGAUGUAUUUGUCAUGGCAACAUAAACAUUUUGUAUUGUUUUUUUUCUUAUGGCUAUUUUUGGCACUGCAGUUGUGAAUUUUAUUUAUUUAUUAAUUAGCAAAUGCUUUGAAUGUUCUCAAAGCAGUGAAAAUGUUUCUCAAAUUUCGCUAAUAAUUAGUAGAACUGAAAAAAAUAAUGUGCUACAGGAGGAAGGCCGAUUUUAGUCUCUUUUAAAAAUUGUGAAUGACUUGACUCUGUGUCAUGUUUGUGAUCUAGCGCCGUGUUGAUAAGUGAAAUCUUGUAGUUUGUGGUGUUUGGCUUCAUAAGAAUAUCAAAGCACAAUGUUUGUUAAAGUCUGCAGUGUGUUUUAAGCUGCAAUAUACAGAAACAAUCAAGGCAAUUUCUCACAGGAAAUGUGGUCAAUAAAAAAUAUGCAGCAUCCAGUGGUGUAAAUUUGUCCCUGAUGGA